UCUCCCCUAACAAGUUCAGUACCGCACACAACUCGUCACCCUCGUUCUUCGCCCACUCUUGCGUAGGUAGGCUCCCCCCACCACGCCACCGCCCUCCGUCGCAGCUGCGCUUCAGUCCUCUCUCCCUUCUCUCGUUGACGUCCCCGUCGUCGUCCUCUUCCGCCGCCGGAGUGGAGUGGGAAUUCACCUGGACUUGGAUUGACUUCUUUGGCUGAUCAUAUGGUGCCAUCGGAAUCACAGAUUGUAGUCGAGAAAAAUCCUUCCACGAGUGUGGAUGCCAAAGAGCAGAUUAUAACACUUGUUUCAAGCAAAGAUAAAGAAGUAUCUACUACUAUCGUGCGAGGUGCAAGCUCAUUAGAAUCACCAAAAGGUGCUCAAGAGGAGGCUAGCUUUAUGGGUAAAGGUGGAGAACAACAGUUUGGCUACCAGCCUAAUGUGUACGGCUCUCAGCCACAAACACUCUUUUCUGGAGGUUAUUUGAACCAUUUGGGUCAAUGGGAAGAAUAUCCAUAUGUUGCGAGUGUGGAGAGACUUGAUUCUGCAUACCCUGUGAUGUAUGGAGCUUACUCCCCUCUGUCAACCUUUGGAGACAGCCAGUCAUAUUUCCCUUUUCUCUACCCCAUGUCAAGUCCUUACUACCAGCCGGCUGCUUCUCCAAGCAUGGGAUAUUCAAGUUCUGCUACAGGAAUAUCACAAUUUGAUCCUAUGCACCAGUAUUACCUUCCUGACGCACUCUACUACUCACUGACUCCUGGCUUCCAUCAGCCUUUUGGUUCCUUUGAUGCAGUUCCAAUGCAAUCUAGUGGUGUUUCUGAAGUUUUUGGGCAAGGAACUGCACCCCUGAGUUCUGGAAUGCACCAGGAAUCCAUGGAUAACUCUGGAUCAUAUACUGCAUUCCAACAGGGUGGUAAAUUUGGAGGCAGUACACCAUGUUGGAGGGCUAGUAGCAGAUUUGGCACCUUCAACAAAGGCUUCAAGCAUGAGAAGGGCUCUGUUGACUUUCUGAAUGAGCAAAGCCGUGGUCCAAGGGCUGCCAAAACAAAGAAAGAAGUGGAGAGCUCUUCAGCUGAGGACAAAAAUAAAAAGACAUUGUUAACAGUUGAUCCUGAGAAGUAUAACCACCCUGAUUUUGCCACUGAGUACAAGGAUGCCAAAUUCUUCGUAAUAAAGUCAUAUACUGAAGAUCACAUUCACAAAAGCAUAAAGUAUAAUGUCUGGGCAAGCACUGCCAGCGGGAACAGAAAGCUAAAUGCUGCUUAUCGUGAGGCAAAAGAAAGAGAAGAUUAUUGUCCUAUUUUCUUGUUUUUCUCGGUUAAUGGCAGUGGUCAGUUCUGCGGUGUAGCUGAGAUGAUUGGACCUGUUGACUUUGACAAGAGUGUUGAUUACUGGCAGAAUGACAGAUGGAGUGGCCAGUUCCCUGUGAAAUGGCACACUGUUAAGGAUGUCCCAAACAACCUCGUUCGGCACAUCAUCCUGGAGAACAAUGAGAACAAGCGCGUGACAAACAGCAGGGACACGCAGGAGGUGAAACUGGAGCAAGGUGUCCAGAUGCUAGCCAUCUUCAAGAACCAUGGAGCCGAGACAACCAUCCUUGAGGAUUUUGACUUCUAUGAGCAACGAGAGAAGGCUAUGUUGGACGAUAGGCAGCAGUGGAAGGUACAGUGUGCUGAAGCCAAGGCCCAGAAGCUGGUGAAGACCAGUGCAGCUGUGGGCAUUGUGACUCAAAUCUCAGACACCAUUGCACAGGCUGUCCAGCUGGAAGAAACCAAGGACAGAGAAAUCAGACUGAAUGUUGGAGACACUGCAACUGCUGAGAACGCUUCUGCUGCUCCUGUGAAGCCUGAAGAAGCCAUGCCAAAUACGGCGGAAUCUGGAACAAAGGAAAGUGGUUGAUUGUUCCUUCACCUUUCAUGAUUAAUUAUGAGGAGCAGCUGUAUCUGAUGAUAUGUCAUAGAGGCGAGAUGGAAAACGGAGUACCCAAAAAAUGGGAGUUGCUGGCUAUUUUGUACAGCAUAGGCUAGAGGUGAAGGCACCUCAUCUGUUUUCUUCUCUGACUGACUUUCACUGAGCCCCCUCAAGAAUGAUGCCCAGUGACUUAGCGAUGAGGGUGAGCUGCAUUUAAACGUGGGAGUACAUUAGCUUUUGUAUAGCUUACAGUUGAAUCACUACUACUCUAUUAGCCAUUUAAUUGCAUUUCCCCAGCGACCUGGUCACCUUACUCA